AUGGCGUCGGAGAGCGCCGCGACGGCAUCCGGCCCUCUGUGCGCCAUCGUCUCCGGGGGCGAGCGCCUCUUCGGCUUCGCCGUGUUCGACCCGGAGAAGAGGGCCCUCCAGGUGUGCGAGUAUCACGAGGACAGCCACCUCUCCAGGGGGGAGGCCUUGCUCCUGCAGGUUCAGCCCCAGACUUGCUGCUUCAUGCUCUCGGAGACAGAGGAUGCAAAGAAGCUUGGCCGCGUGGCCCAGUCCUGCGGCGUUGCCUGCGAGGAGGCGAAGGCUGCCAACCUGAAACAGGUGGAUCUGGAGCAAGACCUGCUGAGGCUGCUGCAGGACACUGCAGAGUGCGGCCUGGGCCGCCACCUGGAGGAGCAGCGCCGGAAGCAGGGCAUGCGCGCCCUGGCGGCACUCCUGGGGCACUUCGGCCUCCUCGCCGAGCCGUCGAACUUUGGGGCGUGCUCCCUCGGCCUGUACCCCCUGAGCAGCUUCAUGUACCUGGACAAGGCUGCCUUCUCGGCGCUGAACAUCCUGCCUCGGCCCGAGGAGAGCCUGCGCUCCACGACCUCCCUGCUGGGCUUCCUGAACCGGACGCGCUCGCCCGUCGGCGUGCGCCGGCUGCGUCAAUGGCUGACGCAGCCGCUCACCGUGCCCGACGAGGUGUCCAUGAGGCACGACGUGGUGGAGGCUCUGUCUGGCGACGAGGGGCUGCUGCGGCAGGUCGAGAGCCACCUUCGCCACGUGCCAGACCUGGACAGGAUCGCUGCUCGACUGCACUGCACUGGCUCCAAAGCGACUCGGCGCAACACUGCUUCGCUCGAGGACAUGGUGCUCCUCUACCGGUGCGUGCUCGGCACGGAGUCCAUGGCGACUGAGUUAGCAAGCUAUGGUGGUGUACACAGCCAGGUGCUGAAGGACACGAUCGUCCAGAAGCUCCAGGCCUGCGCGUCCGAUUGCGCCAAUUACCGGCGGUUGGUGGAGCAGACGAUAGAUUUGAAGCAGGCCGACCAGAGGAAUUUCUGCAUCUGCACGGCGUUCGACCCGUCCUUGGGGCAGCUGGCCUCGACGCGCGACCAGGUAAAGGACAGGAUGGAGGCCGUCCGCAAGAAGGUCGAAGCCGAAUUGAAGCUUCCUUCUGCGCGAGGUAAGGAGAGGCUGGUCGCCCUGGUGGAAUGUCCCGAAGGUCUCGCACUUCGCGUUACAAAGAAGAAUCAGCAGUCCGUCCAGACGUGCAAGGACAAGACGAAGUUCAAGGUGCUCGCAUUCAAGAAGAUGGAGUGCAUUUUCACCACGCCGGAGCUCGAGCGCAUGAACAAGGAACUGAACGAUGCCAUAGCAACAUACGAUAAGCAGUCGGCGCAACUGGUGACCAGGGCCUUGGCCGUUGCGGCAACAUACUCCCCUGUGGCGGACCGUCUCUCUGAGGUCUGGGGCAGCUUGGACGUGCUGGCAUCGUUCGCUCGAGUCGUGGCCACGGCCCCAUGCACCUUCGUGCGCGCCACCAUCGACCCCACCGGCAAGACCUUCGAGGUGGAAGGCGCGGUCCACGCCCUGGUGGUCGCCAAUUCGGACAAGAGCUUCGUAGCCAACGGCCUCACCAUGCACGAGGACUCUUCUCGCCUGCACCUGAUCACGGGGCCGAACAUGGGCGGCAAGAGCACCUACAUCCGGUCGAUGGGCCUCAUCGCGCUGCUGAACCAGGUGGGAUGCUUCGUGCCCUGCCGGCGCGCCGUGCUGCCACUCUUCGACGCGGUCAUGUGCCGGGUGGGCGCUUCCGACAUGCAGCUGCGGGGCAUCUCCACCUUCAUGGCCGAGAUGCUCGAGGCGGCCUGCAUCCUCAGCACCGCCACCCCGCGCUCGCUGGUGAUCGUGGACGAGCUGGGCCGUGGCACCUCGACGUCCGAUGGGUUCGGCAUCGCGUGGGCGAUCGCGAGACACCUGGCGGAGGAGACGCGCUGCUUUACGCUCUUCGCCACCCACUUCCACGAGCUGGCCGCCCUGGAGCAGGAGCUGCCCGCGGUCCGCAACCGGCACGCCACGGCGGCGGUGGAUGCCGCCAGUGGCCAGCUCACGUUCCUCUACGCCAUCCAGGAGAGGAGCACCACAAACCAAAGGAAGACGUUCGAGGGCGCCGCGGACCAGAGCUACGGCGCCCACGUCGCCGAGCUCGCCGGCUUCCCCGCGCGCGUGGUGGCCACGGCGCGGCGGCGCGCCCGGGAGUUCGAGGCCGACAGCAGCUUCGGCCGCGCGGCGAAGAGGCCGUGCGGGGGCGCGGCGGGCGCCGAGGACCUGGUGUCCAGCCUUCUCUCCGCGGGGGACGAGGACGAGUUCGCGAGGAGGGCCACGGAGAAGCUGCCUGCGCUGCAGGAGAUGCUGCGGGAGCCCGCUUCGCCCUAG